AAGCUAUUUGGUAGAUUUCAUAGCUUCAAAGCUAACCAGUCUUACAGUUAUAACCACUGAAAGAGAGCCAUCAAGCAAAUUAAAGAAAAAGAAGGGAUCGUUGUAAGAUGGCAUCAAUGGGGACGCCAAAGCAGGAACAACAGCAAUCGCAGGUGGAGAAAGUGAAGAACUCUGGCGUUAACAUGAACAAUGGAAGUCCAACGGACGAUGAUAAGGACGAGGAGAUGACGGAAUCUGUAUUGGCGUUGUUUCGAUCCAAAGAAGAAGAGAUCGAGAGGAAGAAGACGGAGGUUAGGGAUAGAGUUCAGGCUUAUAUGGGCCGCGUCGAGGAAGCCACUCGCCGCUUGGCCGACAUCCGAGACGAGCUUGAUGCGCUCAUAGAUCCGAUGAGGAAGGAAGUUGCAAUUCUUCGUAAGAAGGUGGACAAUGUUAACCGGGAGCUGAAACCAUUGGGACAAACAUGCCAGAAGAAGGAAAGAGAGUACAAAGAAUCCCUUGAAGCCUUCAACGACAAGAACAAGGAGAAAGCACAACUGGUUAGCAAAUUAAUGGAGCUGGUGAGUGAAAGCGAGAGGCUGAGGAUGAAGAAACUGGAGGAUCUGAGCAAAAACAUCGAAAACCUUCACUAAGUUUGUGCUGCCUACUACAACAACAUAUGCUUCAUCUUUUUCCUUUUUUUAAUCUUCCAUUGAUGUUUGAUUUGCCUUUUAAUUGUUUCUUGAUUCACGUUCUUCACUGACCCUUCUAAUGGGAAAGCAGUCACUGAACAGCUUUUGCCACAAAACAGGGACAACUAUCUAGGGCUGGAUUUGAUGUGUUAAUAUGCUUAGUUUCUUA